UGUCGCAGUACUGAUAAGUUGAAGUUCAUACAGUUCGACGGAGCCCUCUCAAAACGUCUCAGUGUUUGAAAGUUUCUACACCCGAAAUGAACUCGCUGAGCUGAGCGUCCACUCCAGAGGUUGUUCCUCUAUCAGGGGAAAAUGGAGAACGGCGGCUCGGACUCGCUCAAGGAUGACGACGAGGCUCUGUGGGAGAACGUGGAGAACAACCGCUACAUCCUGAGCCGCUACAUCAACCCCAACAAGCUGACGCCGUACCUGCGCCAGUGCAAGGUCAUCGACGAGCAGGACGAGGACGAGGUGCUGCACUCCCUGCUGCUGGUGUCCAAAGUCAACCGCUCAGGGCGGCUGUUGGAUAUCCUGCGGACGAAGGGUGAGCGGGGCUAUGUGGUGUUUCUGGAGAGCUUGGAGUUCUACUACCCCGACCUCUACAAGAUGGUCACCGGCAAGGAGCCCACACGCAGGUUCUCCACUAUCGUUGACUCUCUUGUCCCUCUCUCUGCAGUGGAGGAGGGUCAGGAGGGGCUCACCCAGUUCCUCAUGAAUGAGGUGAUCAAGCUGCAGCAGCAGGCCAAGGUCAAGGAUGUGCAGCGGGUGGACAUCAUGGGCAAAUGCCGGACGCUGGAGGACGAGCAGCGCAAGCUGCGUCUGGCCAACCAGGAGCUGCAGACCUUCCAGGAGCGCUACAACAAGAUGAAGGAGGAGCGCAACAACUACAACGACGAGCUGACCAAGGUCAAGGACGAGAACUACAAGCUAGCCAUGCGCUACGCCCAGCUGAGCGAGGAGAAGAACAUGGCUGUCAUGAGGAGCCGUGACCUUCAGCUAGAGAUUGAUCAGCUGAAGCACAAGCUGAACAAGGUGGAGGAAGAGUGCACGAUGGAGCGCAAGCAGUCCCUGAAACUGAAAAACGAUAUCGAGAACCGUCCCCGCAAAGAGCAGAUUCUGGAGCUGGAACGCAAGAACGACAUGCUGGAAAUAAAAAUUCAAGAGUUGCAGUCAAUCAUCCAGCCAGGACCUCUGCCUGAUUCGGACAAGGCCAUCCUGGACAUCCUGGAGCAUGACCGACAGGAGGCCCUGGAGGAUCGCCAGGAGCUGGUCAAUCGCCUCUACAACCUGCAUGAGGAGGUGCGGCAGGCCGAGGAGCUGAGGGACAAGUACUUGGAGGAGAAGGAGUCAUUGGAGCUGAAGUCGUCCACUCUGGUGAAGGACUGUGAGAUGUACAAGAAUCGCAUGAAUACCAUCAUGGUGCAGCUGGAGGAGGUGGAGCGGGAGAGGGACCAGGCUUUCAAGUCGAGGGACGAUGCCCAGAAGCAGUUCUCCCAGUGCCUCAUCGACAAGGACAAGUACCGCAAACAGAUCCGGGAGCUGGAAGAGAAGAGCGACGAGCUGCACAUCGAGAUAGUCCGCAAAGAGGCCAAGAUUGUCAAUCUGGAGUCCAAGCUGAGGCGCCUCGCUAAAGAUAAUUGCCUGGAGCAGUCUGCCCACCAGAGUUUGCUUCGAGACAUUCCGUCCACGAUCAUCUCGCAGGCUCUGGGCCAGCAGGAGCCCAAGGCCGAGGGGCCAUCCGAGGACUCUGGGGACGAGUCUCCGGAAGACAACAAGUUCUUUAUGCCUGAGCCGCGGUUCAAGCGGCGGCCAAACCUCAAGGGAGCCGGGAUUGGCAGAGCCAAGUCUCCUGUGACUACGCCCAAGGCUCCUGACUUUCAGGGUGUGUCAAACACGAAUGGAGAGCUGACCGAGGCACCUUGCAUCGACAGGCCUCUCUCUCGGACUUCAGCCUGUAUAGUCGUCAGCAACCCCCCAAUUACUCCUACCAGUGCCGCAGAAGCCCUCAAUAAACUCCGUCUCCGUAACGACAGCAUUGUGUCAACGGCCCCUGAGCCUCCAGGAAAUGCUUCGCUUGUCAGGAGAACCAAAGAAGGAGAGUACGAAUUUCAACCAAGAAGCCUCUCCAGUGUGGACAGUGACAGUGGUGACUACAUGGAAUUUGAUGAGGACACUGACAGGUUCUCCCACAGUCCUCCAUCUAUCCACUCGUCCUCCUCUUCUCACCAGUCAGAGGGCAUGGACUCGUACGACUUGGAGCAAGUGAACAACAUAUUCAGGAAGUUCUCGCUGGAAAGACCAUUCCGUCCCUCUGUUACCUCCUUCACCCGAGUCAGCAGCUCGCUGCGGCCCAUCCAGGACAUCGCCCUCCAGGGAGACAGCCUCCUGUCCGACGUCACCCUCAUGGGGGGAAACGACAGCGGCAUCUAUGUGUCCUCAGUGCAGCCAGGCUCCAACGCAGAUAGGGCCGGCCUCCGAGAGGGCCACCACCUUCUAAUGUUGGAGGGCUAUAUCCGUGGAGAGAACCAGAGAGUGCCUCUGGACACUUGCACCAAAGAGGAAGCCCACUGGACCCUUCAGAAGUGCUCUGGACAAGUCCAGCUCCAUUACAGACCCAACUUUGAUGGUUACCGGCGGCUACAGAGGGACGUGGAGGAUGGCAAGCUGCUGUCCGGCGACUCUUUCUACAUCCGCGCCAACCUGAAUGUGUCCGGCCCGUCAGACAACUGCUCGCUGACCGUGCGCUGCGACGAGGUUCUGCACGUGCUGGACACCAUGCACCAGGGCAAGUGUGAGUGGAUGUGUGCGCGUGUCGACCCCAUCUCUGACAAGGACCUGGACAAAGGCACCAUCCCCAGCUACUCCAGGGCCCAGCAGCUGCUCCUGGUGAAGAUCCAGAAGCUGAUGUGCCGCGGGGGGCGAGACGAGGCCGAUAGUCAGCGUGGGGGGCUGAGGAACUCAUUAGUGCCCGAGGAGUCCACUCUGCCUGCAGACCCCAAAUCCAGCCCUCGUCUGUCCAGAGCGAGUGUGUUCAUCUGUCAGAUUCUGCAGCUCGUCAGCAGGGCUGAUAACAAGUACAAGCGCAUGAACAGCAGUGAUCGGGUGCGGAUCGUCAGCACUGAGAGUUUGCCAUCAUUUCCCAAACCCUUCGCCGAGACGCUGAGGAAAGAUGAUGCAUCAGAUGCGGAGAAUGACCUAAAGAAGAGCUUGAACUUGAUACCGUACAGUCUGGUGACCCCCUACCACUGCCAGCGCAAGCGGCCCGUUUUGUUCGCCCCGAAUGCGCUGGCUAAAACCAUUAUCCAGAAGUUUCUCAAUCUGGGUGGAGCCAUGGACUUCCACAUUUGUAAACCAGAUAUUCUGUCUAAAGAGGAGUUCCUCAUGAAACAGAAGAUUGAAGAUUCAAUCAUUUAUUUCAAAGAGAAACAAGCCAAUACAUUUGAAUGUGUCACUCCGGAAAAUAUUGAAACAGUUGCCUUUAAGAAUAAACACUGUCUAGUGGAGGCCGAUCUGGGCUGUGUGAAGCACCUCCUCCGCAGGGAGAUCUACCCCAUCAUAAUCUUCAUCAAAAUCAGCGAGAAGAACAUCAAGAAAUUAAGGUCCACCUGUUUGUCCUUCAGGCGUCUGCCGGUCAAGCUGGACUCUGAGGAGGAGCUGCUGCGCAUGUGCCGCGCCAAGGAGAAGGAGCUGGAGGGCCUGCCCUGCCUCUACUCCACCGUGGAGCCCGAGGCCUGGAGCAGCGUGGAGGACCUGCUCAAGGUCAUCAAGGACAAGAUCCUGGACGAGCAGAAGAAGACCGUCUGGGUGGAGCAGGAGCUGCUGUAGAACUGGCCCCACCUGACCUGACCUGACCUGACCAGUCCUGGAGUAGAGUGGAGUGGAGUGGAGGUGCUGCAGGGUGUGACUCUCUCUUGCCACGCUCCCUUGAGCAUGACGCUGGCUGGCUGGCUCGCUGCACAUCCUCUGAAACUCUCGGCGUCACCAUUUCCAGCUAGAGCGGGAUGUAAGCUGCGAAGCAAGCAUGCAUAGGAAAUGACGUCACCACACCGGGCUGCCAAGCGAAGGUGUGCUGCUCAGCAGAGACAAUAACGUGGAUGAGGGAUGUUGAUGAUGAGGUAUUCACAACGCGUCAAGGAAAUGUUCUCACCUGAGCUUGCUCUCUUUGUCUUUCUCUCCACAAGUGAUGCCAUUGUCAAUAAUACAUUAGCUCUCCUUCCCCCUAUCUGUAAUACCCAAUAAGGCACAGCUCAUUGCACGUUGUGGGUCUCUAUCAGUGGAGUGCUGCGGGCAGAUUGUCUCUGCAGUUGUUGUAUAUCACGCUGAGUGACCACAAACAAGAUUAAUGCUGAUAACUAUAAAUUGAAUUUUGAUGCCCUUAUAUGUCUCUCUGUGUGAUGAAUGGUACAGAACUUAUAUAUUUAUUAUUGCAUCUAUCUUUUACACUGAAUGUGUAUAAGUAGUGUGUGUGUGUGUGUGUGUGUGUGUGUGUGUGUGUGUGUGAGAGAGAGAGAGAGAGAAAGAGAGAAUGAGAGAGAAUGAGAAAGAAAGAGAGUGUGUAUGUUUUCCUGUUUUUGCUCAGGCUUUCCCUCGCCCUGAUAAAACAUUGUCUCUACUUGUUUUAUCACCCAUUCUCAGUGAACUGAUGAUUUAUGCCUGGUGGCAUAUGGUAGUGCUAAUUGCAAACAUGUGCCUCACUGUAGAAAAGUAGCCCAGAAGAAGCAGCAAACACACACAAUUCAGUGUGCGGGGCUUGAUUGAUUGCGCUUUUUCAUGUGUAUGACUUUGGAUGCCUUUGUUUACUGACAUCCAGCCUUUUUGCAUAUUUCAUGAAUUUCUGCCCCGUUAAGACGAAAGAGUUUUCUUUUUUUUUUCUUAAUGUUAUUGAAACAUAAUCAAGAGGGAAGCCAUUUUCAGAGCUAUGCAUUUUUCACAAUUUAAAUUUUGUUUCAAUAGAAAGAAAAAACAUUUUUUUUUUUUUAACUUCCUUAUUUUUUAGAAAAUUACUGAAUUCAGCCUGUUGAGAGUUGGAACUCUUGUUCUGUAACAAAGGUCCUUAAGAUUUUCCUAUUUAAGAAGAUAAGUAUGCUGUACUGUCAUAGCCUACAGAAAAGUAUGAGAUUGCUGAAUGUAUUAACAUUUAUUUUAAUUAUAUAUUUAUUGUAGUAACAUUUGCUUUGUAAAUAGACAUGCUACAUGCCUGUAACAGAUGUGGUUGCUAACUGCUAAGCUAACUGUGCCAAGCUAUGUGCCAUUGUCACUUUGUACCAUGCAUUAUGAUAUAACCCCCAUGCAUUCUAACUGUUGUAUGUCAUCAUGCCUGGAUGUGCUGAAACUUGUGUAAGACAUGUGGUGUGUUUUGAUAUUAAAAACUAACCUGCAGAA